AUGCCUCCAGCGGUGGUCGACAAGGAGGCCAAGGAGGCCUUGGCGAAGGAUGCUCUGGAGAUGUUUCUGAAAAUCGGCCUGGACGAAAAGACCGCUCAGAAUGCCGUUGCAAACGCCAAGGUUACUGCGAACCUCGUCGAAGUGAUCAAAGAGGCGUCAUUGGAAGGCGGGUGUGACAAGGCCAUCGGCAACUUGCUCUACACGGUUGCCACCAAGUUCCCUGCCAAUGCGCGCGUGCACCGGCCCACCCUACUCUCUUACGUCACCUCCCAGAAGAUCAAGACAGUGCCUCAGCUGGAGGCAGCGCACGCAUAUCUGGCGACUGUGGGCCAGGAACCUCUCAACACCGCUGAGCUGGAGGCGAAGAGUGGUGUUGGAGUGGAGGUGUCACUGGAGGACAUCAAGGCAGCAGUAACGGAGGCUGUAGCAGCAGUCAAAGAGAAGCUGGUGGAGGAGCGAUACCGCUUCAACG